AUGAGGUCGUCUGCCCAGCCGUCUCAUAUGUAGUAGUAGUAGCAUUAGGGUUCGGGGGUUUGGCUCAUUGUUCAUUUUCUCUGCGGCGUACUUCUGGUUGUGGAUCGGCCGCUCGAAGAUGGUGAAGGGUCGGCAAGGAGAGCGCGUCAGAUUGUACGUAAGAGGCACCGUCCUCGGAUACAAGAGAUCGAAGUCGAACCAGUAUGAGAACACGUCGUUGAUUCAGAUUGAGGGUGUUAGCACGAAGGAGGAUGUCGCCUGGUACUGUGGGAAGAGGCUGGCCUACAUCUACAAGGCGAAGGUGAAGAAGAACGACUCCCACUACCGCUGCAUCUGGGGGAAGGUUACGCGGCCUCAUGGGAACAGCGGCAUCGUUCGCGCCAAGUUCAAGAAGAACUUGCCGCCUCGAGCUAUGGGUAACAAGGUUAGGGUGUUCAUGUACCCAAGUAACAUUUGAGGUAUGAUGGCGUUCGUUGUUUCCUCGUUUUACCAUAGCGGCGCUGAUACGAAGAUAUUGCCUUAGGAGAAUCUGUAUGAGUCUGAAUUAAUGGAUUUUUGGUUACUGUUAUUAGUUUGAAAUGUUCCUAUUAAGUUAUGGACCUAUCUGCAUAUUGAGCAGAUUGCAGUUCCGUUACUUAAAGUAGACACUGGACAUGAAUGUGCACGUUUCAAUCAAUUUUCCACCUUUGCCUUGUGCUUA